AUGGCGCCGCUCUCCCUCUCCCUCCUCCUCCUCCUCCCCCUCCUCCUCCUACUCCUCACCCCAUCCCCAGCAGCCGCACGCUUCACCUGCAACGCCAAAUCCCGUGCAACCACCUGUCAGGCCCUCAUCUCCUACACGCCGCCACCCAACGCCACCACCACCCUCCGCGACGUCCGCACCCUCUUCCAGCUCCGCUCCCACCGAGCCCUCCUCGCCGCCAACGCCCUCCCGCUCACCACCCCGCAGACCGCGCCCUCCCCCUCCCCCAUCCGCGUGCGCCUCCCGUGCCUCUGCUCCGGCGGCGCCGGCGCCACCUUCCAGCGGCCCACCUACACGGUCCGCGCGGGGGACACGCUCGACGCCGUCGCGCGCGGCGUCUUCGCGGGCCUCCUCACCUACCGCGACAUCGCCGCCGCCAACAACGUGUCAGACCCCAACCGCGUCGCCGUCGGCCAGGACCUCCGCGUGCCGCUCCCCUGCAGCUGCGACCCCGUCGGUGGGGUGGGGGUGGUGCACCUCGCCUACGUCGUGCCUGCCGGGAGCUCUAUUGCGGGCAUUGCCGAGGAGCACGGCACCACCGAGCAGACGCUGCUCCAGCUCAACCGCUUGCCCGACGCCAAGAGCCUACUCGCAGGCCAGGUCCUCGACGUGCCGCUACGAGUUUGCUCGUCUGCCAUUAGCAACACUGCCAUAGACAGCAACCUCCGCGUCCCCAACGCCAGCUACAUCCUCACGGCCAACAACUGCAUCAUGUGCGGCUGCAGCUCCAACACUUGGCAGCUAGACUGCCAGCCGACACAGGGGCUAACUUCAGCCGUCUGCCCGGUGGCGAAAUGCGGAGACCUGUUCCUAGGGAACACGUCGGUGACGACCUCCCCAGCCUCGCCCUGCGAGGGCACGGCGUGCCUCUACGCGGGAUACACCAACACCACCUCGUUUACCAUCCUUACGAACCUCACCUCCAGCUCCAUGUGCGACGCUGCUGGGUUGUCGCCGGCCGCACAACCGUCCCACUCAUCGGCGUCCGGAUUGGGGUUGCCGGCACUGUGGAGUUGGUCUGGGCUUGUCGUCGGCAUCCACAUUGUUCUGCUGUGCCUCGUUUCUGCACCGUGA